UGAUCUCUCAUUCCUUGUGAGAACAUUCUCCACUUCACAAUCAAAGUACACACAAUUAGGAAAAAUUUAACUAAAAAUUUGAAGGCAUAAAAAAUCCUUUGCAAACCAAAAUCUUUAGUCGAGCGAAAUUAAAUAAUGUCAAGCCCUGCAUUAGCCGUGGAGGAAGUACUCCGAGGGGAUGUAGCAAAGGUACGUCCGGAUAAUGCCGUGAUCCGCAUUUCGCCCCGUCAGGCUGCGAAUUUUCAGACUGUCGCAGCUCUGCCCAAUCCACCGGCAGCUUUGAUGGGACCACUCGCCCUGGACGGCUCUGUUCCUGUGUUGCUGCCAAUCCUGGACUAUGUGCGUCAGCUGCUGACCAAUCCCUUUCCCCGAGAGCCCGAGUCCACGGAUCUCAGGCUGGACAUUGCCUCCCACAGGCAGCGACUGUAUGAGAGCAUCGUCGCCGUUGUGGGCAUACUGCGGAACGUGAUUGCGUCGAUGGCACGGGAUUUGCCCAUGAGUCCGGAUGAUAGGAACAACUAUCAGAGAUUGCGCACACUGUACUUUUCGGCCUUCGAGAUAGGGAACUCUCUUCGCCGGACGAUGGAUGCGGAGGGAAUCGUUGCCUUUCCGACCACUAGCUUUUCGGUUUAUACGUGGCCCCGCCACUAUAUUGUGGUAACACCUGGCACCAGCGCUCGCCAUGCAAACUUCGGUGGCAGUUCCAUGCCUUAUCCGUGGCGGAAUCCUUAUCUCUUCACACCUCACCUGGGACCACAUUACUUUGAGAGGGGCAUGGGACACCGGGAUGCACUCAUGGAAACGGGGUACUGGGACGAAAACGAUUAUCCCGAUGAGGCCUCAAUUGACCCCCCUGCAAACGAGGAGAGGGAAGCCAGGAACAAUGGUAUUUGGGAGGAGGACGAAGACGACAAUAAUGAUAUUUUGGAAGAAGACGUAGAUGAUGAUCCUCGACAAAUGAUCAACGAAAAUAUUUACCUCCGAGACAGCGAAGACCCAUAACACUUUUUUCGAUCCUGUUUAAAUAUAUUGUAAUGCUGUAAAGAUUGCCCCAGUUUUUGCCAA